AUGUGGCAAGGAUCUCAUUUGGCCUUCUUGCUGGCCGCUGCGAACAUCUUCGUCCCUAACGUACAAGCUGUGGACACCCUCGUCGAUCUCGGAUAUGCCAAGUUUCAAGGUGCCGUGACCGAUGCCGCACUGGGUGUCACGACUUGGAAGGGUAUUCAAUACGCCGCUCCCCCGGUUGGAAAGUUGCGAUUCGCCGCGCCGGCAGACCCGAUCCAGCGCGGUACCGUGAAUGCUACCGCUCACGGGCCUAUUUGCCCUCCCCAGCAACCCACGGACUGGACUGUCAGCCAGCCUAACAAGCGCUUCACUGUGGCUGAAGACUGUCUCUAUCUAUCAGUGACGGCUCCUUCUGGUGCAGCUGUCGACUCGAAGUUGCCUGUCGUCUUCUUUAUUCAAGGUGGAGGUUUCGGGUCCAACUCCAACGCCAACUGGGACGCUAGCGAGAUUGCCGCCGACGGCAAUGUCCUCGUCGUACAGUUCAACUAUCGUGUUGGUAUGUACGGCUUUUUGCAGAGUGAGGAGGUUCGUGCCGGUGGCAGCCUCAACGCUGGUGUCAAAGACAUGAUCAAGGCCUUGGAGUGGGUCCAGACCAACAUCGAGAAAUUCGGCGGAAACCCUGCGCAGGUUGUUCUUGAUGGACCCAGUGCCGGAGGCAGUGCUGUUGGCCUCCUGAUGGCCGCCAACACUGGUGGUAAAAAGCUCUUUGCUGGAGGCAUUGCUGAAUCUGGUGGCUGGGUGACUAUGCGAACGAUGACACAGGGUCAGGGUCAGUACGACUGUCUCGUCAAGGAAAAGAACUGCACCGAUUCCGCCGAUUCGCUUUCUUGCCUUCGUGCCCUUAGCGAGUCUGACGUCCGCUCAUCCAAGUGCUGGUUCAACCCGGGUAUUGAUGGCGAGCUUUUCUCUGACGGUAUGGUUGACCUCUUUGCGGCCGGGAAGUACACCAAGGUUCCAACGAUUUGGGGAUCAUGCGCCAACGAGGGAACUAUGUACUCCGCGCCUCAGAGCACCAACUCUACUGAAGAGGCAAACCAGUUCAUUCUUGGUCAGGAUCCAUCCAUUUCCAACAACUCGCUUGCUAUCCUCGACGACUUGUACAUCAACGUCCCUCAACCCGUUUUCCCCAACUCAGGUGAGAAAUGGCGACAGGCAGCGAACAUGAUCGGCGAUAUCGGCACUCACUGCAUCACUCGUAACAUCCAGAACUACCUUGCUCGCGAUGAGGUGACUACGUUCAACUACAAAUACGCUGUUCUCGACCCCAAGAGCGAGGCCGAGGGUUUCGGAGCUUACCACACGGUUAACACCUAUGCUUUCUGGGGCCCUAAUCGCACCGAUGGUUCUCCCCCGGACUCUUACCACACUACCAACGCACCCAUUGUCUCGCAGUUCAGGAAAUACUGGGUAUCGUUCAUCCGUAACCUGGACCCUAACACCGACCGUGAAAAGGGUGCCGCAGAGUGGAAGCCCUUCACUGGCCCUAACGGCCGUGAGAGAUUGUUUGUGCAGACUAACAACACUCACAUGGAGAAGAUGAGCACUGCCCAAGCUUUGCGCUGCGAUGUGGUUAGGCCUGUGUCUAACAACUUGGGCAAGCCCGUUGAUAAUGGAGUCCUCACGGAGCUGGAUGCGGCUUUGGCUGCCGGUAUCAACAAGACGUCGGAGGAGACAACUUACCGUGGGAAGAGGCACGCAAGACAGUUCUCCCGACUCCACUAA